GUCCUUCCAAAAUCUAUAUUUCUUUUCCAAUGAUAUUUAAUAUUUGAUUUCAUAAGACAUGUUGUUAUUAUGAGUUUAAAUAUUGUUGGCUCUCUUGAAUAUUCCCAAAUAUCUUUUGUACUUAUGCCUUUGAAUAUUGAAUGCAGCUUUCAAAAUGAUGAUGACAGACAUGUUUAAUGAGUUUUAAUUAACUUGUGGCCAAGUCCUAAAGAGCUGGAUUUCAUUUAUAAUACUAUUAGUUGUGCCUGUUUUUAGCUGGAAUAAUAAAUAAUUAUUAUGUCUUUUUCUUAAAUUUGAUUUUGAUUUGAUAAGCUCAUUGAUAUGGAUCCACACAAUAAGUAAUGAUGAUGUUAUGAUUAUGUCUCUUAUGAGAAAACAAUAUAAAUUAGUUGGUUAUUUUGGUGUGUUAACUGAGUCCUCUCUUGCAGUAGCUGCUUCAUUUUCAAAAGUCUGACUCUGGAUUUGCCUUCCCUAGUGGCUUGCUCAGUUGGAAUUUUCGAAUAGUACUAUUGCGAAUGAGCCUCCUACUUUGAUCAAGUGUUUGCCGGUGAAUCAUGUUAGUCGCUUUCAGAGGUUGCUUCUGCUUAAAGAAGACCAAACACACACCAGGAUACGAGGAACCCACUGUUCUUGCUGCUGAAACACCAUUUACUGUUAGUGAAGUCGAGGCUUUGUACGAGCUUUAUAAGAAACUAAGCAAUUCAAUAACUAGCGAUGGGCUUAUUCAUAAGGAAGAAUUUCAGCUGGCUCUUUUCAGGAACAGAAAUAGAAGGAAUCUUUUUGCCGAUAGGAUCUUUGAUUUAUUUGAUAUCAAGCGCAAUGGCGUAGUUGACUUCGGAGAAUUUGUUCGAUCAUUGGGUGUCUUUCAUCCUAAUGCACCUAUUGAAGACAAGAUUGAAUUUGCUUUCAGAUUAUAUGAUCUUAGGCAAACUGGUUUUAUCGAACGUGAAGAGUUGAAGGAGAUGGUAUCAGCUCUUCUGCACGAGUCAGAGCUUCAACUGUCAGACGAUGUGGUUGAAAUGAUUGUGGAUAAGACUUGGAGCGAUGCAGAUACAAAAGGCGAUGGAAAAAUUGAUCGAGAAGAGUGGAAGGAAUUUGUGUUGAAAUAUCCAUCUCUCUUGAAGAAUAUGACACUUCCAUAUUUGAAGGAUAUAACAAUGGCAUUCCCCAGCUUUGUUCUGAGUUCUGAAGUUGAAGAUACUGAAAUCUAGGUUUAAUGAUGCAUCAUAAGAAUAGUCAAUCACGUCUUAUAUCACGACGAAACACUUCUGUUAAGAUUUGUUCAAUAACAGUUCGAAUCAGCGCAGUAUUCUUUCCAGAAGUAGAGCUGCAAGAGCUAGAAAAACACGAGUUACUACUCUCUUAAAAUGCAGCUAGGUCCGGUCUGCAAGUUCGAACUUGAUACCUUUGCAUAUGAUUCAUCAUCGACAAUUUGCAUCGAAGCAACUGAAGUUUUGUGGUGAGAGUUUUGAAAUGUAUACCUUCGGUUGCUUUUGUUUUACAAAGAAGUGUAUAUUUUUGUUAGAGAUUAAUCUAUUUUUGGACAUAGGUCUGUGUACAAGCUUGUGCUUGUAGUUUUCAAAAUAAUUUUCUGUAUGUAAUGGGAAUAGUUUUCUAAUAAAUUUAUAAUGUUUUUUUUGGAGCCA